CAUGGCAUCGCCACAAGAGAUCAACUACAAUCAUCUGGAAUCACACACCGCACUACGGUACAGCAACGAAAGGCAGCUCAGAUAGCAAUGGAUCCAGCAGUGCGCCGGUCGGAAGAAUGAGGAAAACAAUCCAGUGCUCUACCCCACGACCUGCCGAUCCAGAKAAGGGGCGAUAAGAAACCACACAAACCAUGGAGAACGAGGGAACCCGGCGCGGGGAGGACGGCUCCGCAAGCCGGGAAGAAGAUCUCGACUGUCUGGCCCGUUCCUUGUCGAUUGCCAACRGCGACGGCGAGGACGGUAUUGGCUCCGGCUCUUGGAACUCCGACGAGAACAGCUUUACAAAGGUGGCGAGGAUCCCGCAAUCGGACACCUGGGACUGCGGCGUGGCCUGCUUGCUCAUGGUGGCCCACUGGCUCGGAGACGGAACCACUUGCGAAGGAAGCAGUGGCGGCGAUUCCCGCUGCCACUGCGACAAGAGCGACUGCGAAAACGAAAACGAAAACGCGAUGGAGGCAAAACGCAGCCGGCUCCUGACCAGCAUCGGGACCCAAUCCAUAUGGACGUCGGACCUGGUCUGGCAGCUGCACCUGUGGAAGGAAGCGGUGCGAGAGGAAAGCUUCCACCGCAAGAGCCAAAAAUUCUGCGGAGACCGGUUCGGCCGAACGGCCACCGGAUCCUCGGUGGCCGGCGACGAAUUCGAUCGCAACGUGGCCGGGACGGAUGCGAUUCGCGACGACGAGCCACCUCCCGAUCCCACCGGGCAGCAAAACCAAGCGCGAUCGAAACCGCGGUCGCCAACGGUGGACCGUGGCCAGCGCCUGGCCGGGUCCGAGGGUGGCGGUUGCUCGCUCGGCGCGAAAUUCCGGUUCGACUUUGACUUUGUCCUGGCCUCCCGGCAACUGAUGGACGCCGACGAAGCCUAUCGAGACUUUGGGUACUACAGGGGUGCCUUUGACGAGGACCAGGCCCGCGUCGCCCGCACCUUUCGGGACCUGCACCGCGGGGGCGUCCCGAUGGUGCAAACCGCCAAAAAUAGCCGUGCCGGCGGCSGUGGACUGUCCAUGGACACGGUGACCGAGCUGGUCCGGCGAGAGGAUUGCAUCGCCAUUCUCUUGCUGGACAACCGGUACCUGUUGGGGGCCACCAAGCGCGAAGGAACCGCAGCGCGUUCCGGGGAGGAUGCCGGCGGCUCCGACCGCGACGAACGCCGGGGAUACUCCGGCCAYUAUGUCGUUCUGUGCGGCAUCAGCCACGAUCCACGCCACGUGGGCAUGGCCAACCGCCGUGGAAAUUCCUGGGACAGAGAUUGCGAUGGCAAUGGCAAUGGCGACMUUMGCCACGACUUUUGCUACGUCUUGUGCAACCCGGAUCCAUCGUCGCAAACCAGCACCGCCAGCGGCAGCUCCGCCGGACAAGACACCGAAGACGGCGGCUUUGUGUUUGUAACACCCCUCCGGCUGGAGGCGGCCUGGAGGUCCAAGGGCACCGACGAGGACGUCGUCUUCCUGCGCCGGAGGCCGCGGAAAGGGGCCACCGGCGGCGCAAUGGCMRGGGGGYCKCGGUCSUKUYCGCGUUCGUUUUUGCCGCAUUGUGGGGACGGCCUCGCGGUCCGGACCGCGCGGUGGGCGAUGGCCGUCCUCCGGGCCGUGGCGUCCCGGACCCGCUCGGCGCUKGAGGGGCUGCUCCGGGCCGCGCAGAUCCGGCGGGCUCCCCCCGUGUGCUGCGGGUGCGACGGGGAGGGGCCACACGCGCAGGCGCGGGCGAAACCGCACGGGCACGCCRYGGCAGGCCGCGGGGGGGGAGGGAACGGGGRGAGGGGCACCGAGGCCUUCGGCAACGAAGGGCAGCCACGGGAAGAAGAGAUCGCGACGACGCCACCGAGCACCAACGACUACUAGACGCCAUCGCAUUGCAUYGCAUCGCACCGGCCGAGGCGGGGGACGGAGUCUCCGAUUGCCCGGAASGAGCCCCGGGGUCCGGAAGCCCUUCCGGAUGCWGCGGGUCUGCGCAGUGGGAUGCGACGCGACGCGAUGCGAUGCAACACGAGUCCGCAACGAAAGGGUUUGCGGCUGGGCACGGCAACGACACCGGGGUGCCUGCUCCUGCUUGGGUUACCGCUGGAAUCCCGAUCGCAAAGCGGAUACCGCCAAAGCAACAAUGGAAUGGUUGUGCCGAAACGCUGCAAUUGCCAUAAGCAGCAUUGGACCGGGCGAGAUCGAAAAACACUAAUGAAGAAGAAUCCAUCCAGCCAUMACACUGCAGAAAUGAGAGUAGGAGUACGUACCAGCACUACGUACCAMAGGUACAAAAACCAAAAACUCGGACUCGCAAUGUAUCAAGUCGUAGGUACCGUAUGUACGGUACGUACGGUACUGUCCUAGUUUGCUAGGGGCCAAGAUUUAAAAUUUGAAAUAAAAAAAUAGCAAUCCA